GCCGCGCGUAUCGAUGAACGAUCGUUAAUAUUUAUGGGCAACGGUUACCGUCGAUUUAAAUAUCCUUAUAAAUUCUCUUAACGCGCCUUCAUUUUCCUCUUUACUGCCUAUUUAACGAGCUGUCAAUGCAAAUUCCGGGUGUCGCCUUAUCGGUCUCUACAGCCAGCCGUUACUUUUAACGGACUUUUUGUUACCCAACGGCAAUCGUUCACACAAACUACUCUCUACAUUUUCACUAGACAAGUCUUAUCGCACGUGCGCACGAUACCCGAGCUCAUACUUCUGGGCUGCAGUUCGCAAAGUGUGAAGCGACUGCCGACCUUCUCGUUCAUGGUGCGCCAUCCCCGUGGUACCUUCCUCCAUCACAACUUUGUCUGCGCUGUCCUGAACGACGUUUUCGGCGUGCAGGCGCGUGGCGGAUGCGCCUGCGCUGGACGUUACGCCCACGACUUGAUGGGCAUCGACGAGAAGCUCGCCAAGGAGUACGAAGCGCUUUUGCUGCGAAGCGGACAGAGCGACGGCGGCCGCGACGAAACGAACGCGGAAACGCUGCGCCCGGGCUUUGCCCGCCUUACCUUCCCUUACUUCAUGUCCGAGGCCGAGGUUGCCUUCGUCCUCGAGGCACUGAAGAUGGUGGCGACCGAGGGCUGGAAGCUGCUGCCCCAAUAUGUGCUUAAUCCGGAUACGGGCGAGUGGCGCCACCACACGAAUAGCGUCUUCAAGGACCGACGCUGGCUUGGCUCGAUACGCUACACGGACGGGCGCAUGAACGCCACGGAGAGGCGCGUCUCCGGACCCGGCGUCUUCCCCCAGAGCUACGGCGACUCUCUCCAAACCGCCCGCAACAUCUUCAAUAGGGCCAGGAAGAUGGCGCAGCGCUACCCCAUGCAGAUCGACCGGAGCGUCUCGUUCGAUGAGAAGAGCGAGGCGCUCCGGUGGUUUAUGCUGCCGCACGAAGCCCAGGAUCUUCUCCUCGGGCACUCGCAGAACGUCAAGCAUCACGUCCCAUUCGACCCCUCGACUUACAAGCUCGCACAAUUCGAAGCCUCUUGGCUCAACAAUGACGCCUCGCGCUCAACAAAUCCUCUGGUCUCCCCGAAUUCACCGCGGCAUCGGAGCCUCCCGGCCCUCAGCUGCCCGGCGGAGCUUCGUCGCGUUCGGGGCGGCCCUAAGCCUACCAGCGAGACCGACGACGAUGAUCUCGGUGCUCUAGGCCAGAAGUCGCCGGCCACCUGUCCAGGCUCGCCCAUGCCCAGCAUCAGGUUCGCCGUGGGCGAGGCCGUAACCACUGCCGCGGCCGGGAUUCUCGGUUCGGGGCCGACUAUCACGCGGCUUAUCGGCAGUGAACAGCAGAGAUCGGCGAGCAGCGCGAGCGCGACCCCGACCAACGUAGACAGCGGCAGCGGCAGUCCUGACUCGGCCAAGUACAUCGUUCGCGGCCGUUGCAACUCCCUCGGGAGCUCCUCGAGCUGCCCGGUGCGCUGCGGUACCGCGGACGGCACGAGCUCCCCCGUGCCCAUACCUCUGAGCCCCCAGACCCUCGCCAGCCUCGGGAUAGCAGCGGCCAACACCCAGAGCCGACAUCGGCACUGCAGCUGCAGUAGCCAGACGGAGCUCAACGCAUCGCUUGAUUCCGACGCCAACGGCAGCCCCGGCAGGUCCGCAUCCUCCCUCGGACACGUGCCCAACAUCUCGCCAGGAGGCUCUUGCUCGUCGUCGUUCGACUCGGCAUUAAAUACGAAUCGUCUCGGUCGUUCCUCGCCCGUCCUCAUGUGCGCGAGGAGCCACAGCUCCGAGGACGACCUGCGCGCCUACCUUAAGGAAGUGACCAAGGAGCUCGCCACGGAAAUCAAGUCCGAGAUACGCGAGGUCAUAUCGAAGGUCGACGACGCACUCUCCGAGAGCAACGCCACCGAUCAUCAUCGUCCCCUGGAAAAGCAGCAGCACCACGACUCCUUCUCGGCGAGCGACAUUGCCGAGUACCUCAUGGAAUUUUCUAAGGAGAUGGCCAGUGAAGUGAAAUCGGAGAUCCGAUGUAUGGUUAAUUCGGUUGACGGGCUGCACAGAUACUCGCCGGACGAGAAGUCGUCAUCCGGGUGCGCGUCCCCGGCGGAGCGACGUCGCACGAUCCUACCCGGGCAGAGCUCGUCCCGAUCGCGCACUCCCGUGCCAAUGGGCAAACUCACCGAACUCUCCUCCCAGCAGCACGAUAGCAAAAUGUCCUCCGAGUGUUCGUCCGACGAGACCGUGAUUUACGUAGUGAAGCCGAGUCCGAGCGAGGAUGGGCCGGGGAGCAUCGUUGACGGGACCAAGGCCGUCAAUACCAACACUAACAGCAACAACACGGACGACGAUGACGAAGGCGAGCACAGCGAGCCCGACAAGACCCUACCCAAGAUCUACUCGGCCGUGAACUCGGUCAGUUCCCAGGACAGCGGCAUCAAUCUCUCGUUUCACGACAGCGACCGUUCGGUCGACGGCUCGGUCGGCGAUCUCGGGCGCAGCAGCAGCGCCGAGUUCAACACCAAUGGCUGCUGCGCCCGGCGGCCCCGUUUCGGCAACGCCAAUCCCUCGAGUCUCUGCAAGCAGAGCCGGGCCGCGGCCAACGACGACCUCUCCGAGGACGACGAGAUCUUCUUCACCGCCUCGCAGCAGACGCCUUACGCCGAGGGCGUCCUCGAUACCGGGGACGAGCAGCACACGGGUGGCCACUGGCACUGUCCGCCCAAGAACAUCUGGAAGCCGACGGUCGAGGCCAUGCAGGAGUUCGACAUGAUCAAGGACAACGAUAGGAUACUCCUCUGUCUGGCGCCCGGCGGCAAGAGCUCCCUCACGCUCUUACACACCUUAAGGCAAUACAGAUUUUACGCCCGAUCCAAGGGCAUCGACUUCGAGAUCGGCGUCGCGAGCGUCUGCGACUACGGGAGCGAGGAGCUGGCCGGCCUCGCGACCUACUUCAAAGCCCUUAACGUGCCAUACUUCAACGAGGGCCUCGGCGACGACGGCAAGGAAACCGAGACCAAGGACUCGGCCACUAGUCAGGACGGAACGCGACCCGUCGGAUCCUGCACGAGCUUCUGCGAGAAGGCCACGAGGGCCAAGCUCUACGCCCUCGCCAAAGGCAAUGGUUACAAUGUCUUGGCACUCGGACAGAACUUGGACGACCUUACCGAGGGCUUCUUGUCCUCCGUCUUUCAUAACGGCAGGCUAAGGACCAUGAAGGCCCACUAUUACAUAAGGGAGCAGUCGCUCAGAGUCGUAAGGCCCUUCGUCUACGUGAGGGAGAAGGCGCUCAAGCUCUUCAUCGACAACAAGAAAUUACCGAUCUUCGUGGAUUUGGCUAGCGAGAGUGGCGAAUCGGUUAGGAAAAAGAAGGAGGAUCCGAUAGGCCGCCAGGAGAUGACGUACCCUCGUCUCUACUGGUCGCUACGUUCGGCCCUGCGACCCCUCAUAUCGGCCCAAGGGCUGGGCGGCGAGAGCGAGCAGCCGUACAAGCGCCAGCAGCACAGGCGACCGCGCACCAACUCCUUCAGCGCGCUGCCUCUGGUCACCACCACCAUCUCCGAUCACUACGCCUCGACGUCCUCAGCGAUGGCCGGCGGUAACCACCACCAGCGGAUCGAGGACAGCGAAGAAACGGACGAGGAGCCGGUGAUCUGA